CUUGCUUGGAACUUUCUUCGUCUUCGAUUCCUUUUCUUACUUACUUUCCCCAUUCGAUCUCGCUCUGACCACCUUUUUUUAUAUAACACACAAAAACCUCUCUCUACUCAAAUCAUAACCCUUCAUGGCAGAGAACGGUGAAGAAAAGCUACUCGCGGUCGCGCGUCACAUAGCCAAGACCCUCGGCCACAACGAAUCCAUGGCUGAUGACGUCUUACAGAUCUUCUCAACCUUCGACGGCAGAUUCUCCCGGGAGAAGCUCUCCGAGGGACAGCCCGGAGAAGACGGAUCCACCGUCACCGCACUCGAGCGAGCUCUCAACUCGCUAGACUCCCAGAUCUCCCGCUUCGUCGCCGCCGAUCAGCCAAUCUGGGCCGAUCCCGCCGACUCAGCCGCCUUCCUCGACGCCAUCGACGAGCUAGUAAACAUCACCAGAGAGUGGAGCCACGUGGCCAACGAGAAGCCCGUCGGCGUGUGCCUCGCACGCGCCGACGAGAUGCUCCAGCAAGCGAUGUUCCGCGUCGAGGAAGAGUUCAGGUCGCUCAUGGAGCGAGGCGCCGAGUCCUUCGCGGUGAAUAGUCACCGCUUAGACUCCGACGAGGAGGUGGAAGGAGACGAUGACUACGACGGUGACCAGAUCCCGGUGGCGCAGCCUCUUACUGACUACGACCUCAUCAUCGACGCGCUCCCGUCGGCGACCAUCAACGACCUCCACGAGAUGGCGAAGCGGAUGCUCGCCGCGGGGUUUGGUAAGUCGUGCUCGCACGUGUACAGCGCGUGUAGGAGAGAGUUUCUCGAAGAGAGCGUGUCGAGGUUAGGGUUAAAGAAGCGUAGCAUCGAGGAGGUUCAUAAGAUGCCGUGGCAGGAGCUCGAGGAUGAGAUCGAGCGGUGGAUUAAAUCCGCUAACGUCGCUCUACGCAUCCUCUUCCCUAGCGAGCGUCGUUUAUGCGACCGUGUCUUCUUCGGCUUCUCCUCAGCUGCUGAUCUUUCCUUCAUGGAGGUGUGUCGCGGCUCCACUAUUCAGAUUCUGAACUUCGCGGACGCGAUUGCUAUAGGCAGCCGGUCGCCUGAGAGGUUGUUCAAGGUGCUUGACGUGUUUGAGACGAUGAGGGAUUUGAUGGGUGAGUUUGAGUCUGUGUUCUCGGAUCAGUUUUGUUUGGUUCUUAGAAACGAAGCUGUGACUAUUUGGAAACGUUUGGGAGAGGCGGUUAGAGGGAUUUUUAUGGAGCUUGAGAAUUUGAUCAGGCGUGAUCCGGCUAAAGCUGCUGUUCCGGGGGGUGGUUUGCAUCCGAUCACUCGUUAUGUGAUGAACUAUCUCCGAGCUGCGUGUAGGUCGAGGCAGACGCUGGAGCAAGUGUUUGAGGAGAGCAAUGGCGUUCCGUCGAAAGAUUCGACUCUGUUGACCGUACAGAUGUCUUGGAUCAUGGAGCUUUUAGAGAGUAACUUGGAGGUGAAAUCAAAAGUUUACAAAGAUCCAGCUUUGUGCUAUUUGUUUCUGAUGAACAACGGGAGGUACAUUGUUCAGAAGGUGAAGGACGGUGACCUGGGGUCGCUCUUAGGAGAGGACUGGAUCCGGAAACACAAUGCUAAAGUCAGACAGUAUCAUUCGAGUUAUCAGAGAAGCGCGUGGAAUAAGAUGCUGGGGCUGCUGAAGGUGGAUAACACGGCGGCGGGUAUGAACGGGUUAGGGAAAAACAUGAAGGAGAAGCUGAAGCAGUUCAAUGUGCAGUUUGAUGAGACGUGUAAAGUGCAUUCGACUUGGGUUGUGUUCGACGAGCAGCUCAGGGAGGAACUGAGAAUCUCGCUGGCUAGGCUGCUGUUGCCGGCGUACGGGAACUUCAUAGGGAGGUUUCAGAACCUUGGAGAUUUAGGGAAAGGGAAAAACGCAGACAAGUAUAUCAAGUAUGGAGUUGAGGACAUUGAUGCGCAUAUCAACGAGCUGUUUAAAGGCUCAACGACUGCAAGAAAAUGAAGGUAAACUUGUGAAAUGUUUGUAAACGAACCAUCUGCUAAUGACCAAUUGCGAAGCCUUGCAUGGUGGAUUUGUAUAAUGUAUUGUUUUACACGAUUAGCUCAGCUCUAUUGUGUUGUGUUAUGAUGUUGCAUUGUGUACUAAAUCAGAGGUUUUGUUAUUGUAAAAAGAAAAACAAGAAUGACAUUUAUCUCACAAAUUAUAGGAUUUGAUAAGACUUUGACAUGUGA